AUGGCUGCAUACACACCCCAACUUGCGUCGUUCAAGGCUCCAGCCAUCGACAAUGAGCCAAUGCGGAGCUAUGCUCCUGGCUCCACAGAGCGCACGGGCCUGAUGGAGGCCUUCGCGCAGAUGGAGAAGGAGCUCCCGUUCGAGGUCCCCUGCAUUGUGAACGGCAAGGAGGUCAAGACGGGCAAGCUCGCGAAGCAGGCGAUGCCGCACGACCACGCGCGGCACCUGUGCACGUACCACGAAGCGGACCAGGCGACGGUCGCCGCCGCGAUCGAGGGCGCGCUCGCCGCGAAAAAGGAGUGGGAGGCGAUGCCGUGGAACGACCGCGCGGCGAUCUUCCUCAAGGCGGCGGAGCUCGUGAGCGGCAAGUACCGCUACCAGCUCAUGGCGGCGACGAUGCUCGGGCAGGGCAAGAACGCGUGGCAGGCGGAGAUCGACGCUGCGGCUGAGAUGUCGGACUUCUUCCGUUUCGGCGUCAAGUAUGUCGAAGAGCUCUACGCCCAGCAACCGUCGAAGAACGCCCCUGGAGCAUGGAACCGCGUCGAGUACCGCGCCCUUGAAGGCUUCGUUCUCGCCAUCUCGCCUUUCAACUUCACUGCGAUCGGUGGUAACCUUUGCGGAGCACCCGCACUUCUUGGGAACGUUGCCGUCUGGAAACCGUCGCCUGGCGCCGUGUAUGCCAACUACAUCACGCACAAGAUCUUCACCGAGGCUGGCGUCCCGCCCGGUGUGAUUCAGUUUGUGCCCGGUCCGGCGGAGGAAGUUGUUGGCCAGGCUAUCUCCAGCCCCCACUUCGCGGCCCUUCACUUCACCGGUAGCACGUUCGUCUUCAAGAGCCUCUGGAAGAGCAUCGCGAACAACCUCGAUGUCUACAAGAGCUACCCGCGCAUUGUUGGCGAGACUGGUGGAAAGAACUGGCAUUUGGUUCACUCAUCGGCCGAGAUCAAGAACGCCGUCAACCAGACCGUUCGUGGCUCGCUCGAGUACCAGGGCCAGAAGUGCUCUGCACUCUCUCGCGUGUAUGUUUCGGAGACUGCUUGGUCUGGUGGCUUCAAGGAGCAGUUGCUCGCGGAGGUCGCUAAGCUCAAGGUCGGGCCCGCAUCGGACUGGACCAACUUCAUCGGCCCGGUCAUCCACCGCGCUUCGUACGACAAGAUCAUGGGCUACAUCAAGAAGGCCAAGGAUGCUGGUGGAGAGGUUCUGAUCGGUGGCAGCGGCGAUGAUUCGAAGGGUUACUUCGUGCAGCCUACUGUCAUCUUGACGGCCGACCCCGAGUCGCCCACGAUGGUAGAUGAGGUCUUCGGUCCUGUCCUCACCAUCUACGUCUACAAGGAUGCGGACUUCGAGAAGACGCUCGACCUGAUCGACAACACUAGCAUAUAUGCCUUCGCGUCGGACCGUAAGGUGCUCCUGCACGCGACGAACCGGUUGCGGAACGCCGCCGGCAACGUCUACUACAACGAGAAAUGCACGGGCGCGGUCGUCGGCCAGCAACCGUUCGGUGGUGCACGCGCGAGCGGCACGAACGACAAAGCGGGCAGUAUCUCCAUCUUCUACCGCUUCGUGUCGGCGCGCAGCAUCAAGGAAAACUUUGUCGGGCUCGAGGACUACCUCUACCCGUCGAACUUGGUGUAA